UGGCCAUAGAAAUUAAGUGAGCGCAGACUGUCUGAGCAUGUAGAUAUGAAAAGAACACAUCUAACAUUUCACCCUCAGGUCCAUCCACUAUUUGUGUGUCAAGGGUUUGUGUAGGUAUGGUCAGAAUACACAUAGAAAUUGUGGUGUGAACUAUAUUCAGCAGGGAUACAAUAUAUUAUACAAUAAAUUAUAUAAUAUACCACAUAAAUAUACCUCUGAAAAAACAUACCAUAUAUUCAGGCUUGCAUAUAGUAUGUGUUUUCUAUAUCAGAAAGCAAACACUUUACCCAUUUGGGGUUGUGAUGUUAUCUAAGUGAUAUUUAUUUAUAGGUGUUAGAGGAUGGAAAGGAGGAGCAACAGGCAGCCAGCUGGUGGGUUAAAACCUGAAUAAGAGGAUUGCAGGUUCCUACUGCUAGACUCACACCACACACUCCUUAGAAGGUAGAGGUUCGGUGCCAGCUCACACACACACACACACACACACACACACACACACACACACACACACACACACACCCAGGGGAUUGACUGCACACCUCAGUGAGUCUGAAGAAGAAGGGAGAGAGAGGGGGUGAGAGAAAGAGAGGGGGUAGGGAGAGAGACAGACUUCUCUAGAGCUGGAACUUGUUAUGGAAAACACUGGAAGGAUAAGUGCAAGUGGCAAUGAACUGUGAGAGCUUAUGCUGAUACAGGAAAAAAAAAAAAUUGGACGCUUCCCACUUAAUUUCUUCACUGCAGCGCACAAACAUGGACCAAGAAGACAUAUCCCCCCUGAAGCAUUUUGUAGUAGCCAAGAGGACAAUCAGUACUAUAUUUGACCAGCUGCAAGAGUUUGUUAGAGAAGGCUCUGGGUUUGUGGAGGAGACAUGGCACAGCGAGGACCUGGAGCAGGUGGCCGUGGAGGAUCAGUAUGUGCAGAUGCAGGCCUGCGCGAGGAAGCUGGCCAUCAUUAGGGAGGUGCUGGCCCGCAGGCACAUGAAAGUGGCUUUCUUUGGCAGAACGAGUAACGGCAAGAGUACGGUGAUCAACGCCAUGCUGCGGGAGCGGGUGCUGCCCAGUAGCAUCGGCCACACCACCAACUGCUUCCUGAGCGUGGAGGGCACGGAUGGUGACAUGGCCUACCUCACGACCGAGGGCUUCGAUGAGAGGCGGAGCAUUGAGACGGUGAAUCAGCUUGCCCAUGCCCUGCAUAUGGACCCCAGUCUGGACUCAGGCUGCCUGGUCCGAAUGUUCUGGCCCAAGACCAAGUGUGCCCUGCUGAGAGAUGACCUGGUGCUGAUGGACAGCCCAGGCAUCGAUGUCACCUCUGAGCUCGACAGCUGGAUCGACAAGUUCUGUCUGGACGCUGAUGUCUUCGUGCUGGUGGCCAACGCCGAGUCCACCCUGAUGAACACGGAGAAGCACUUUUUCCACAGAGUGAGUGAGAGGAUAUCGAAGCCCAACAUCUUCAUCCUGAAUAACCGCUGGGACGUCUCAGUGUCGGAGCCAGAGUUCUUGGAAGAUGUGCGGAAGCAGCACAUGGAUCGCUGUGUUAGUUUCCUGAUGGACGAGCUGAGGGUGGUGGACGCUCGGCAGGCUCCCAAGCGUAUCUUCUUUGUGUCCGCUAAGGAGGUCCUGAGCUCCAGGGUGCACCGAGCCCAGGGCAUGCCAGAGACAGGUGGUGCCCUAGCGGAAGGAUUCCAGGAAAGACUCAGGGAGUUCCAGAGUUUCGAGAGAACGUUUGAGGAGUUCAUUUCACAGUCGGCAGUGAAGACUAAGUUUGAGCAGCACACCAUCCGAGGCUGGCAGAUCACAGAAUCCGUCAAGGCCAUCAUGGACGCCAUCAACAUUGCCUCGGCAGAGAAGAAGGUGCUCUCUCUGGAGGAGCGCGAGUCUCUCAUGGACCGGCUGGAGUUUGUGCGCAAUCAGCUUAACGUGCUGACCGAGGAUGUCAAGGAAAAGAUCAAGGCCACCGCUGAUGAAGUGGCCGCCAAGGUGACCGCUGCCAUGCUUGAGGAGAUCAAGGGUCUGUCUGCUCUGGUGGAUGAAUUCUGCUCGGACUUCAGCCCGGCCCCUAAUGCCUUAGCUCUCUACAAAUCAAAACUGCAGGCGUAUGUGGAGGAGAGGAUGGGGAAGAACCUGGUCUCCCGCUGCUCCAGCAGUAUCAGUGGCUACAUGCAGUCCUCACAGAGAGACAUUAUGGGUACACAUUAUCAUAAGAUUGAAUUUAGACAUCUCAUAGAUCACUGCAUCAUGUUCCAUCAAUGGACAAGAUCAUUGUGGUCAUAAUAUUCUUCAGAUCUUAACAGUUUCCAUGAUAUAACAUUCUAUUAUUUUUGUUGUUGUGAAACUUUGAAAUUGGUGCACAAGUGUUCAUUUGUUUUGAGGUUUUCUGAAAUUGACAU